AUGGAAGUUGAAAAACACUAUACUCCAAGAGUAGCCAAGCAGAAAGCGUUGUCUACGGUCGUAACAGGGAAUAAGAAAAAACACAAAUCAGAGCAACAGCAAUCACCUAAGAAGUAUUGUUUUGAAGAAAAGAUAAGGUACUAUGUACACAAGAUAAAAUCGUGGUAUCAGGUGAUAGCCACUGGUUUAUCUUUGGCAGACCCAAGACAUGAAGAUGGCUCAUCAGCAGCCAGGUACUUGCACAAAACCUGUAUGAACGAUUUCACAGUGGUAGAAAUUCUUGAAGUUAUGUCGCUUUUACCAUAUCUGUGCCCUUACUACCGAUUUUCUGCAUAUCAUGAAUAUGCUAGAUUUAGAUGUGUGUGUUCUGGCGAAGAGAACUGUACCCCAGUCGGUAGUGACUUUAAACUGUUCUGUAAAAGAACUUGUGAUGAAUCCCCUUAA